UCGGUCCCCCACACCUCACUCCUCCGCUUUACUCCACUCCCCACUCCCCACUCGCCUCCACCCCAUGCGCCGCCGCCGCCGCCGGUGACCCCCCGACUCCCCUCCCCUCCCAUGGGCUGCGUCCACGGCCGCCCCUCCGCCCCCUCCCCCGACCACCCCCAGCAGCCCGACCCCCCGCCCCCGCCCGCCGUCGCCGCCGAGAAGGCGGCGGCCGAGGAGGAGGAGGAGGAGGAGGAGGAGGAGAAGAAGCCGCCGAAGCCGGCCAGGAGGGAGAGGCGCGCACGGUCGUCGCGGUCCGCCGCGGAGGCGGCCCGCCUCGGGCUCGGGGGGAGCUUCGCCAACAGGGCGCGCGGGGAGCAGGUGGCGGCCGGCUGGCCCGCCUGGCUCUCCGCCGUCGUCGGCGAGGCCAUCGACGGCUGGACCCCUCGCCGCGCCGACUCCUUCGAGAAGAUCGACAAGAUCGGGCAGGGGACGUACAGCAACGUGUACAAGGCGCGGGACACGGCGACGGGCAAGAUCGUGGCGCUCAAGAAGGUGCGGUUCGACAACCUGGAGCCCGAGAGCGUCCGCUUCAUGGCCCGCGAGAUCCUCAUCCUCCGCCGCCUCCACCACCCCAACGUCGUCAAGCUCGAGGGCCUCGUCACCUCCCGCAUGUCCUGCAGCCUCUACCUCGUCUUCGAGUACAUGGAGCACGACCUCGCCGGCCUCGCCGCCAGCCCCGACAUCAGCUUCACCGAGCCACAGGUUAAGUGCUACAUGCACCAGCUGCUGUCCGGGCUGGAGCAUUGCCACAACAAUGGAGUGCUGCACCGCGACAUCAAGGGGUCGAACCUGCUGUUGGAUAACAAUGGCAUGCUGAAGAUCGCAGAUUUCGGCCUGGCGUCGUUGUUCGAUCCCAACAAGAAUCAGCCGAUGACGAGCAGGGUGGUGACGCUGUGGUACCGCCCACCGGAGUUGCUUUUGGGCUCCACGGAUUAUGGGGUGGGCGUUGACCUGUGGAGCGCGGGGUGUAUUCUAGCCGAGUUGUUGGCUGGGAGGCCUAUUAUGCCAGGCCGUACUGAGGUGGAACAGCUGCAUAAAAUUUUUAAGCUGUGCGGCUCCCCCACAGAAGAAUAUUGGAAAAAGUCCAAGCUACCUCAUGCAACAAUAUUUAAGCCUCAACAACCAUACAAAAGGCGAAUAUCAGAGACUUACAAAGAUUUUCCACAGUCAGCACUGCGAUUGAUUGAAACACUGCUCGCAAUUGAUCCAGCUGAUCGUUUAACAGCGACUUCUGCAUUAAGAAGUGAUUUCUUUACAACUGAACCUUAUGCAUGUGAACCAUCAAGUCUCCCAGCAUAUCCUCCAAGCAAAGAAAUGGAUGCAAAACGAAGAGAUGAAGAAGCCAGACGUUUGAGAGCUGCUGGCGGUAGGACUAAUGAUGGAGCUAAGAAGACAAAGACGCGCGAUCGACCUAGGGCAGUACCGGCUCCAGAGGCAAAUGCUGAACUUCAAAUAAAUAUCGAUAAAAGGAGAUUAGUAACACAUGCAAAUGCAAAAAGCAAGAGUGAAAAGUUUCCUCCUCCGCAUCAGGAUGGUGCGGUCUCUUUGGUUUCUACAAAUCACAUGGACCCGUUAUACGAACCCCAAGAUCCCUCUUCGUUUAGCACUGUAUUUACACAAGAGAAAAGCUCUGUUCCUACUUGGUCCGGUCCUUUGGCUGAUCUCUCUGCAGUUGGGAAACAGAAAUGGAAACACAAGUUUGGCCGCUCAUCAAAACAACCAUCCACUGCCCGUGCUCGGUAAGGAAAAGGAACUGAAGAGUAAUAUUUAUAGACAGAGUCUUCAGUUAUGGAGAAAAUACUCCUCAGCAGCUACCAUGCGCUGUUUCGCAAACGAGGCAUGCGAUGAUAACUUGAUUUCUUCUUGACUUAUUGUCAUUGGAUUAUUUUUCGAACAUCGGUUGUAUAGGCUGUGGAGGGAGCUCAGGUAGUUUACCUGUGUACAUUAGGUUCUGUUUUUCAAUUCUUAUAGCCCUGGUGCAUUUGGUGUUAGAUUCAUUUGAGUGGAAGCUUAGAUCUCUAGCAUUUCAGGACAUCCCCUUCCAUUGUAACACCUUUCUUCAAUUGCAACCUGUGUAAUCAUUCCUCAUCGAUCCAAAGCAAAUCUUGUGUUUUGAUUGGUCUGUUGCAUGGUGACCUGAAUUUUCCAGUUGUACUGCAGCAAAGAUGGUACACCUUUAAUGCUUAUAAUCAAUAUUAUUUCUUUCUUUUAGAA